UUCUUUUGAUAAGAUCACUACAAGUAAACAGUUGAGAUAUUUCAUAGUAUUUCGGCUAAUGUACAAGUGGAAAUCAUCAAUUAAUUUAUUCUUUAUAUUAAGUAGAACAUGAGGAUUCAUAUGAAAAAUCUCUUUAUUUUACCCAAAAUCGCUUUACAUUUUGUAUGCAGGUUCUCUCAGGGCAUGCUUGGUUCAAAAUAGAAAUUGAAAUCAAAAUAAUCAAUAUCUAAUUUGAUAGUCUUGGAUAAAAUUAAAGAAAACCUACAUGCGUUUGUUUAGAUUGUCCUAAAAAUAGAAUAAGAUGUGCAUCAUGGUCAAAUAUACCUAUCUAAUAAAUUAAUUACAAACUUUGGCCUUCCCUAUUUUUUCUUUCUCUAGCAAGAUAUAUAUGGAUGUGGAUGGAAAUUGUAUGUACUGCAUGUGUUACUUAAUCGAAAAGAAUAUAGGCCUCAUCCGAACACCUUUCGGAGUUGAAUUUUAUGAACUAACUAGGGCUAAGUAUUUUACCUAUGGUUUACUAAUUGUUUCUAGCGGAUCCUAACGGCAGGGAUAUGUUUGAAAACAUCAGGACUUUUGUAGGGACAACAUGUGAAAGUUGAACUUUGUAGGAAUAUAUUUGUAAUUCACUAUGUUUACAGGGACCUGUAUGGAAUUAACCCUAAAAUUUUUAUGGUGAUAAUUUUGCUUAAUUUUGUAUUUUUCUUGCUAAACAUUUGAAUGUAUUUUAUAGGAAUUGAGCGAUCAGAGAGUAUUGGUUUCAAUGGUGGGACAAACUUGGUUGUGCACCUAUACAUUAAUAAUGCUUCAAAUGUUGCAACUGAGGCUUGACACGUCACAAGCUAUUUCCCGCCAUCGUCGGAGCUGUAUUGGCAUAUUCAUAUUUGGGCAAUUAUAAGACCAUCUUUGUCUCUCUCAUGAUUGAGUAUUUCUAAAGCUGGCUCAUUUUUACAUGCUCAUGAGAUAAGCAAUGAUGAUAAAAAAACCAUCAGUCUAUAUUUGAUGAAACACCUUCUAAUGAAUAACCUUCUUUUCUCUUCUAAGCUGUUUGCAUUUGCCAAAACACAUGGAUAAAGACUUAGAUGGCAAGGCAAGUUGGAUGGCCAUAUGGCAACCAUUGCAGCCAUCAAUCUGUUAGACCAUUUUUUUUUCGAUAAGAUGGGAAAAAAUAAUAUCCACUUCUUGAAACUAAACUAUCUGAGCUUAUCAUUGCUUUUUACUAAUGUUUAUUUCUCGACAUAUAUUGUGCUUUGCCGAUAACUUUCAAAUAUUUGAUGGUAUCUCUAUUGUGAUUUGCUUUUUUUUUUUCAUGUCUUAUCUUUUUUGCUUUUACAGCUAUUAUACACUCCCGAGGAUUCUUUUCCGUCUGCUCAAGUAGCAUUGAUUUUGUGUGUGUGUGUGUGUGUAUGUAUAUUUAAAAUAUUGAAUAAAAACAGAGUACAACAAGGUAAAUGAAUUAAGCAGUGAGAAGAGUCCUUGAUCUUUUAAUAUGAUGCUCAAAGAUGAAUGUGAACUUUAUAAUCUUUAACUUUUUUUUCACUAUUAUCUUGAAUGCAUUUUGUUUCUUUAUAUUGUUUUCCCCCAACUUUAAAGGCUUUCAUUGGAAAGGUCUAUUCAUAAUGUUUUUUUUUAUCAAAUUUAUCACGUCUUCUUUGUCUACUCUUGACAUUACAGGAUCAGAUGGACAACAUCUCCACUAUAUUGAUUCAUUCAUAUGAUUAAUAUUUUUUUUACGUGAUUUCUGUUUCCAUUAUCAUAAAAGAAUCAAAAACAAUACACAUAGAUAAUAAUUAGAUCAGAAAGGUUGCUUGAAAGGUUGUUGGAAAGGUUGCUUUCAUAUUACAUUUUUCUUUGCAUAGCGAGGCCCACAGGCAUUUUUAUAGUAAUUAUGGGUAAGAUCAUCCCCUCAUUCCAAUUUGUUAGAAAAAAAAAUUCAUACAGUCCGGUAUUUAUUACUUCUACUGUUCACAUCUUUCUUAUUCAUUUUGGGUAAUUUAUAGUUGCUUUCAUUCCUUCCAUGUCCUUUGAGGUAAUUACCUAUAUCCUAAAUAAAAGCGGCAUCUUUACGACGCAGAAAUUGAAGCAACUUCAAAUUUGCUAGCUGAUCAAAUCUGAACCAAAAUUUUUUCCCUUAUUAUCUUGGUAUUUAUUUGCUGUUUUUUAUUAAAUACUUUUUUUUAUGUUUUAUUUGUUUAUUUGGAGUAUGAUGAAUACAUUUUUGUUGCGAUAAGAUGCUACUCUUGAGCAUCUAUAUAAACUUUGAAUCGGGGAUCCUAAGCGGUACAGCAGGCCUCUCCGCGAUCGGCGCGAGCGGGGGUGGGUGGCGAGCGGGCUUUUUGGGGGUUUCGAAAUUGGAACGGUUUCAAGCUUGCACGGCUUUCGUAUCCCCAGUACUUAAGCUUCUGAUAUCAACAGGACUGGAGUUGUUUGCACCGCCUCAGCCGCUGCUGGGUUCAAAGAGGCAAAACCCUCUCAAAACCUCAUCUCUCUCUUUAUGGCGCGCGGUGGUGGUGCAGGCGAUGGCAGUGGAGACCUAGGCGGCGGCGGCAGCCCUCGCCCUCGCGAAGAUCAGCAUCAAGUGGGACAGUUUUAAAUUAUGAACUUCUCCUAGCAAAGUCAAGAAUGGCAAUGGACGUGGGGAAGCUAACAGUACCUGGGAAAGCUCCUGUACAAAUCCGUGAGGCAUCAAAUGGGGCAAUAACACUUGCUGGGUCUACUGAAAUUAAUGUUAGUACUCAAAAAGAAAUGGCUGCAUGCUUGGAGCAAGGUUCAACAAAUCGAGCUACUGGAAGUACAAACAUGAACAACCAGUCAAGCCGUUCCCAUGCUAUCUUCACAAUCACAUUGGAGCAUAUGCGCAAACUUGAUCCAAUUAUGACUUCCGAUGGCUCCAUGAUCGAGGAUCUGAAUGAAGACUGCCUCUGUGCAAAGCUUCAUUUGGUAGAUCUUGCUGGAUCAGAACGGGCUAAGAGAAUUGGUUCAGAUGAUCUUAAGUUUAAGGAAGGUGUUCAUAUCAACAAAGGACUCUUAGCUCUAGGCAAUGUCACAAGUGCUCUUGGAGAUGAGAAGAAGAGGAAAGAAGGUGCUUAUGUCCCUUAUCGUGACAGCAAACUGACCCGGCUCUUGCAGGAUUCUCUAGGUGGAAAUAGCACCAGCGACAAGUAUGCACCUCAAUCGGUAAUGUAUUACCCUCCAUAA